AACGUCAAUACCUAAACAUUUAUAUUUGAAUCCAACAAAUAACAUCAAUAUUUAACUUGUAUACUCAUAAAAUAAAUAAUAAAAUAAUUUUUAUCAAUUAAAUUCUCUAAAAUAAGGUCAUUUUACUUAGAGAUUCGUAUAUCGAUCAUGCCGGUCAUACCGGUGGUGUCACGCAGGUUUUAUGACCGGUACCGGUUGAACCCGGUACAACCUGUGGCACGCCGGCCGGCGUGACAACCAUGAAUCUAUCAUAAAUUUUUAAUUUUUCAAAAUCUUUAUUAUAAUUUAUAAGUAAAAAGAGUUAUUAUUUUUCAAAUUAAACAAGCGAAAGGAACUCUAAAAUUGUUACAAUUUAUUGGACAAAAGAAACAAAAGGAUAAAAAAGAAGAGAUAGAGGAGAGGGAUGGCCGGGAAAGAAGUUUCCCGCAAAUUUAUUAGAAUUUUUGUGUUUUUUUUCUAACUAUUUAUUUAUUUAUAUUAUUUGUCCUCCUUCCUUGUAAUGUUACUGUAGUGUCCUCUCUCCGCUCCAACUCAUAACAACUGCAAUCUUCCCUCCAACAUUUAUCACAACACAAACUAAAAAUUCCCUCCUUCCCUCGUUUUCUGCUCUUCCGCCAUCUCCUUCCCCUAACCCCCACUUUCCCUCAAAAACCCAAAUUCCGCCCCACUCUCCCUCUCUCUCUAAACUCCUCCACUUUCUCUCUCUAGCCUUCCCCUCAGAUCCCUCACUCCCGCCCACCGCCGUUACGAUUCCCCACCGAUUCAUCUCAGCUCAACUUUCCUUUUCAGAUGUCCGGCGGCGCCCCUGCCUCCUCCCACCCACCUCCUCCCUCCGCGGGGGCAGCCCCCGCGCCGUCAUCCGGACCGAUUCUUCCUCCACUCAGGCGCCACCUCGCUUUCGUCUCGAUGAAGCCGCCAUUUAUGGCCCCCGACGAUUACCAUCGUUUCACUUCUCCCGCUGCCCCCUCUAAGGUCGCCGAUCGGGAAGCUGAAGCUAUCGUCGUGAGAUCUCCAUUGAAAAGAAAGAUCAGACUAGAUGAUAAUGGAAUUGAUUCCAGCAAGGUUGCAAGCAGCCCCGGACAGACUGAUGCAUCUAGUAGUCCUUAUCACACCCCGGUAUCUGCUGCGAAAGGGGGGAGAACAAACAAUAGGGCUAAGUCAACAAAGAGUAAUAAAUCGGUUCCUCAGACGCCAGUUUCAAAUCCUGACAUUGCAGGUUCCCCAUCUGCACUUACUCCUGCUGGCAGCUGCCGCUAUGAUAGUUCCUUAGGUCUCUUAACGAAGAAGUUCGUCAAACUAAUAAGGGAGGCAGAAGAUGGUAUUAUUGAUCUUAAUAAAGCUGCAGAAACCUUGGAGGUGCAAAAGCGGCGUAUAUAUGACAUAACAAAUGUCUUGGAGGGAAUUGGUCUGAUUGAGAAGACACUUAAGAAUAGAAUACGAUGGAAGGGUGCUGAUGCUUCUAAUUCGGAGAAUGCAGAUGGCAAUGCCUCUCAAUUACAGGCAGAAAUCGAAAAGCUUUCACUGGAAGAGCAAAAUCUAGACAAUCAAAUUAGAGAAACACAGGAGAGACUGAGAACUUUGAGUGAAGAUGACAACAAUCGAAAGUGGCUUUUCGUUACAGAAGAUGAUAUUAAGACACUCCCUUGUUUUCUGAAUGAAACUCUCAUAGCUAUUAAAGCUCCCCAUGGAACAACUUUGGAAGUUCCUGAUCCUGCUGAAGCUGUUGAUUAUCCACAGAGGAGAUAUCGCAUAAUCCUUAGAAGUACAAUGGGUCCUAUUGAUGUCUAUCUUGUCAGCAAAUUUGAGGAAAAUUUUGAGGAGGCCAAUGAAGUAGGGCCCUCAACUAGCUUUCCACCACAUGCUUCUAGCUCAAGUUCAAGUGUAAACCCACAGAUGGAGAUGGUUUCUACUACUCAGAGAACCGAGAAGGCUGCGGAACCUCCAGUAUUGCAGGAUGCUCAUCAUCAUAUGUUCUCGGACUUCAACGCUUCACCGGAAUAUGUAGGAGGAAUGAUGAAGAUUGUUCCUUCAGAUGCCGAUAAUGAUGCAGAUUAUUGGCUUCUUUCUGAUGUGGGUGAUGUUAGCAUUACCGACAUGUGGAAGACAGAUGGUAUCCUUGCAGAUUUUUACUCUUCUCCUUCAACUCCCCCACGACCUUCCGACUUCGGGAUGGAGGAAGUCCACACUCCUCUGCCGCAGACUCCAUCAUCAAGGAUUGGUUGACAAGUCUUCUGGCGUAUUGUAAGAUCGAGUCCUGGCUAAGGCAAUACCGGACUGUACAAGUCGAGCUAAGAUCAAGCAAAUGGUCAUCUUUUUUCACCGAAGGCAACGAUCAUCACUGCCUAAAGGACUCAACAUGCAGAGAGCCAAUUCUCCAGGAAGCUGACAGAUGGGGUAAGCUAACUAACAUGGCGUAUACUCUAAUGUUACCUUUACGCCGUUUGUUGAAAGUUGGAAAAGAUAGAGAAAUAGGAAAAACGAGGUGAGUGAAUGCUUUGCUAUGGAGUUGGGUAGUGUAGGACACAAAUCAUAAUAGAAUUUGGAGAGAAGAAAUCAAGAAGUCGGAUUUGCAACUAAUUGUCUGAGAAUGUGAAGGUCCUUUGUAAUUGUGAUACCGAGUACUAUAGAAGAAUUCGUUUCAACCUUGGGAGGAAAACAAAUGUAGCUGCUCUCACGUGGGACAAAAACAAAGCACGAGAUGAUUGGUGAACAGCAUUUCUCAACCAGAGUUUUCAUUUUUGUAGUUGUCUAUCAUCAUAGUUUUGUACACACUUCAAGUAAAUUAUUAACAUGAUGUCAGUCAUGGCUGUAGUCUUAGAACUGCCCUCGUUUUCUUGGGGUGAAUUCACCACCUGUCUUAUGUCAAACACUGUUGUUUACUUCAAAAUGUUAGAUCGAUCUCGCAAGACGCAAGUAAUUCAUUGAUGGAACUUCACUCUCUACCAUUUUGAGAGUCAUAUGUCAAGCACUCUUGUUUACUAAAGAGUGUACGAUCACUUAUUCUGAUAUAGUAUGGUAUCGGUCCGUGUUUAACUGCUUAGCAGUGACUAAUUUGAUAGGUUUUACGAUUUUGCUGUAUUAUCCUAUACUUGGACUGCAAAUGAGUCGAGAUGAUUGUUACUUGACUCAUCUUAUAAAACAAUGUUCGAACGAUGAUACUUGAUGUUUUGAAAAUACAAAUUAAAUUACGAUUAUUCUUAUGGAGAUUUCUCUAGAGAGCUCGAGAGCUCGGGGAUUACGAGUACUCUCAUGUUUCUCAACUCUCUUCCCAAAAUUGAAGUCCUCAACAGUUCUGCAUCUCACGCUCCCAAGUCCCAACUUCUCUUGAUGUGAAACUCUCGUGCAUGUACGUCAAUUAACUGUGAGUUAGUGACACCAACUCAAGUUCAUCGUUUUGUUUCUAUUUUGAUGUUUGCCGGUUUCAGUCCCUCAAUUAGCGCCAAAAACCUCCUUCGUUGUUCAUGCCAUUCAUCCAUCCUCUGUCUCUAUUCUCUUUUUUCCCUAAUGUUUGAUGAUCUCUUUAGUUGUCUGGUUUGUUAAGUGCACAUUCAAACCCCUUAAAUAAUUUUGUUAUGACGAUGAAGGAAUUUCCUACAUUACUAAUAUUCUAAAACUUGUUCUUUCGUUGCGAAGCUCAACUUCGACUCAGACCCUCACUUUGAGCUACCCCAAGAUCGAGCCACAAUUGUUGAGACGCGAGAAUCUCGUCAAAAGACGCAAAAGCAAGAUUGAGCCUAUGAUUGUCGAUGAAAUGAAAAACUAUGAUACCUCUCGGUCCUUGGUUGCCCCAUAUGGAACAUAGUGCAAUUCAUCUCUGAUUGUACGGGAGUCUGGUACGAUGCGUACAUGAUGACUGCAAAGUUCAAAAGCGUAGCAAACACAAAUAGACCAACACCCAUCAUCUUGACCGGUCAUCGGAUUAGGGUCUCUGAGGUCGAUGCGGUUGAUGGCAUCCACCACCCCCCACUAUCAUACAAGUUGGCGUGUCGCCAAUCAUGGUCGCGAAUUUCUUUUGCAAUGAUGCGCCUCAUCUCCAUUUACCUCGCCUGAGUACCAUGUAUUGCAAAACUGAGCGCACACAACCCACAAUGAUAGUCCAUAAUAGGGUCGUGAAAUGAACUGAAACGUCCUUG